CGCGUCGGGAUGGGCGGAGGCCGCGACGGAAUCGCGCGCCGGCCCGCGCGCGGGGGGGGGGCGGUCGCGGACGCGUCGCGAGGACGGAUCGACGCGAUGGGGGCGCGCGCGCGGCGCCGAUCGAACGCCGAUCGCCGAUCGGACGGAUCGUCGAACGAAGCCGGAGCCUCAUCGCAGUCGGACGACGAGGAGCCGCGACCUCCCGCGCAUCGCGCGGUCUCGUCCCUGCGCAAGGCGUCCUCGUCGUUCGGGUCGUUCGAGAAGCUCCACGAGCUCGCGGACUGGAAGCAGGUCGGCCUCCACAAGCGGUACGCGGACCAGGCGCUGCAUCGCCCGAUCGCGCGAGGGUGGAUCCACCUCGUCGUCGCGUCGGGCGUCAGCGCGAUCGUGCUGUCAGGCGUCCUCUCGUCCGUCGCGCCCGCGCCCGUCGUGACGUUCGUGGUGACGACGUUCAUGCUGCCGUACUGGGCGUCCGUGGGGCUGCACUGGAUCCCAUGGCGGAAGAGGACCGCGCACGACAUCGCGCUGGUGUGCGACUUCAUCGGGAUAUCGCUGGGGUUCUCCGGGCAGACGGCGUCGUGGGCGGGGCGGGGGUGGAUCCGGAGCCGAACCUUCGUCGCCGCCGCCGCGAGGCUGAACGCGCUGUGCACGGCGUCGCUCGUCGCGGUCAUGACCGUCGGGCUCUUGAAGCGCAAGAAGCAGCCGAUGAUGCUGUACAAGCGGAAGUUUCGGUUCGCGGUCGUGGGCGCGAACAUGGCGCUGUUGGCGUUCGCGGAGAGCGCGUCCAUCGCGGACCGACGCCUCAACGUCUUCAUUCAGAUUCUCGGGAAGGCGCUCGUCCCCGGGUACUUUCUGCGAUGCGUCGCCGUGGACGCCAAGAUCGGGAGACGGGGAUGGCCGCUGCCGACGUGGGACGGGGUGUGGAGCGCGCACGAGAACUGGCACUGCGCGAUUCUGUUGUUGCAUUGCACGCAGUUGUACGCGAUGUCGCGGCACGUCGGCUGGGAGGUCGUAGCCUAGAUUUAUUAUUAUUCUUCGACUUAAUUAUUAGAGUCGAGUUAUUCAACCCCC